AAGAACUUCAUGACAGUCGCAACGGAUAUCAUUCGAAGAGACACAGCACAACGCGAAGCCGCCGAGCGUCGAAAAUCCAGUCGCCGAUGGAGUUUAAUAGGCAUUGGAGCUGCAGCUCUCGUCGGUGUUGGAGCUAUUAUUGGAACUCGUGUACUGCUCGGAGCUAAGUAG